UAGGGCAGUGUUGCUGCAGGGACCUCGGAGAGGCUGUGGCUGCCUCCUGCCCUGCUGUCCUCCCCAGGAUGCAGUUUCUUAACGCUGACGAGCUUCUUGUUGAUGAAGAGGAUGAUAUUUUUGGAGAAGGACUGCCAACCAGGCUCCCAGAAAUCAUGCUGGUAGGAUCCCAGUCCUUCUCGCCGGGCGGGCCCAAUGGAAUCAUUAGAAGCCAGUCCUUCGCAGGCUUCAGCGGCCUUCAGGAAAGACGAUCCAGGUGUAAUUCCUUUAUUGAAAAUUCUUCUGCUCUCAAGAAGCCCCAGGCCAAACUGAAGAAAAUGCACAAUUUAGGUCACAAAAACAACAACCAUCCCAAAGAGCCUCAGCCAAAAAGAGUGGAAGAGGUCUACAGGGCCUUGAAAAAUGGACUUGAUGAGUAUCUGGAGGUUCACCAGACGGAGCUGGACAAGCUGACAGCCCAGUUAAAAGAUAUGAAAAGGAACUCCCGCCUGGGAGUGCUGUAUGACCUAGACAAGCAAAUGAAAACAAUCGAGAGAUACAUGAGACGCCUAGAGUUCCACAUUAGUAAGGUAGAUGAGCUCUAUGAAGCUUACUGUAUCCAGCGACGCCUCCAAGAUGGUGCCAGCAAAAUGAAGCAAGCCUUUGCAAUGUCCCCUGCCAGCAAAGCUGCCCGAGAGAGCCUGUCUGAGAUCAAUCGGAGCUACAAGGAGUACACAGAGAACAUGUGCACCAUCGAGGCGGAGCUGGAGAACUUGCUGGGGGAAUUCUCCAUCAAGAUGAAAGGUCUGGCUGGCUUUGCUCGCCUCUGCCCUGGAGAUCAAUAUGAGAUUUUCAUGAAGUAUGGCCGGCAGAGGUGGAAGCUGAAAGGCAGAAUAGAAGUCAAUGGCAAGCAGAGCUGGGACGGAGAAGAGACGGUUUUCCUGCCGCUGAUAGUUGGGCUCAUUUCCAUCAAGGUCACAGAGCUCAAGGGGCUGGCGACUCACAUCCUGGUGGGCAGUGUGACUUGCGAGACCAAAGAGCUGUUUGCUGCCCGCCCACAGGUGGUGGCUGUUGACAUCAACGACCUUGGCACCAUCAAACUGAAUCUGGAAAUCACCUGGUAUCCAUUUGACGUGGAGGACACGACCCCAUCCUCGGGUGCUGGGAACAAGGCAGUGGCGCUCCAGAGGAGGAUGUCCAUGUACAGCCAGGGCACACCGGACACCCCCUCCUUCAAAGACCACGCAUUCUUUAGAUGGUUGCUUCCUUCACCAGACAAGCCAAGGCGGCUGUCUGUCUUCAGUGCCUUGCGAGACACUGUCUUUGCCAAGCCGCAUGGCGGCUGCUCUGUCGGUGACCUGCCCUCCCUUGGCCUGAGCCCCAGGGCCGUGCUAGAGUUCUAUUCGAACCUACCCGAUGACAUCUUUGAAGACGGAAAGGCAGCUGAGGAGAAGAUGCCACUGUCCCUCAGCCUCAGUGACCUCCCCGAUGGGGACUGCACGCUCACCUCCAGCUCAGCUGUGUCUCCCUCCAGCUCGAGCUUGGCCAACCCCGAGAUCACCAUCACUGCCGCAGAGCACUCCCACGGCAGCCUGUGCUCCCAGAGCGAGGGCACGGAGGACAGCGGCUCCGCAUCCUCCAGCAGCUCCCUGGGCCAAGGCCAGGAGCCAGGGUGCCCCCUGCAGGGGGACACAGCAGAGCCCGAGAAAGCAGCCUUGGCCCCGGUUGCUGGCUCCAAGCCCCUGUUCCUGGAGGACGGGGUGGCUGAGGCCCUCCUGCAGGAGUCCGAUGAAGCCUCUGAGCUGAAGCCGGUGGAGCUGGACACUUUCGAGGGGAACCUCACGAAGCAGCUGGUAAAGAGGCUCACCUCGGCCGAGGGCCCAGCAGCUGCCGAGAGGCAGCUCUACGAGGGCUCUGUCAGUGGGGAGUCGGAAGGCUGCAGGUCUUUUCUGGAUGGCAGCCUGGAGGACGCCUUCAGCGGCCUUUUCCUUGCGUUGGAGCCGCAUAAGGAGCAGUACAAAGAGUUUCAGGAUCUGAGCCAAGAAGUCUUGCAUCUGGAUGAUAUUCUAAAAUGCAAGCCCACAGGGAGCCAUAGCCGGUCUUCCAGCUUAAGUCUUGCCGUUGAGAGUGCUUUAGAAAGCUUUGAUUUCCUGAACACCUCCGACUUUGACGAGGAGGAGGAUGGCGAGGAGGUUUGUCACGUCAGAGGAGGAGGUGCUGACUCUGUCUUUUCAGACACAGAGACUGAGAAAAACAGUUACAGGUCAGUGCACCCGGAAGCCAGGGGGCAUCUUAGCGAAGCACUGACUGAAGACACUGGCGUCGGGACCAGCGUGGCCGGAAGCCCUCUCCCGCUGACCACAGGGAAUGAGAGCCUGGACAUCACCAUCGUGCGCCACCUGCAGUACUGCACCCAGCUCAUUCAGCAAAUUGUCUUCUCCAGCAAAACCCCCUUUGUAGCAAGAAAUCUCUUAGAGAAGCUCUCCAGGCAGACCCGAGUGGUGGAAAAGCUGGCAGCUGUCAGUGAUGAGAACAUAGGGAACAUCAGUUCUGUCAUGGAAGCCAUUCCAGAAUUCCACAAAAAACUGUCUCUGCUGUCCUUCUGGACCAAAUGCUGCAGCCCAGCCGGCGUCUACCACAGCUCGGCGGACAGGGUGAUCAGGCAGCUGGAGACCAGCUUUGCCAGAGCCCUCAAUAAAGAAUACCCAGGACUUGCAGAGCCAGUGUUUCGAACCCUGGUGUCCCAGAUACUGGACCGGGCUGAGCCUCUGCUCUCCUCCAACCUGUCCUCAGAAGUUGUCACUGUUUUCCAGUAUCACAGUUAUUUUACCAGCCAUGGUAUGAGUGACGUGGAGAGCUGCCUGAGCCAGCUGGCCAGGCAAGUUUCCAUGGUUCAGACUCUACAGUCGCUGAGAGAGGAGAAGCUGCUGCAGACCCUGAAUGACCUCUCUCCCAGCAACCUCCCAGCCCAGCAAGAGGUCUUUAGGACCCUGGCUCUGCUGCUGACCAGAGACAGCAGUGAAGUCAGUGAGGCUGUGAGGCUUUUCCUGACAGCAGCCUCCAAAAACGAGCAUUUCAGGGAAAAGGCCUUGCUCUAUUACUGCAAAACAUUAACAGAAACCAACCUGGAGCUCCAGAAGGCAGCGUGCCUGGCCCUGAAAACCCUGCAGGCUACCGAAAGCAUUAAAAUGCUGGUGAACUUGUGUCAAUCCAACACUGAAGAAAUGAGAACUGUGGCCUCAGAAACCCUCUUGUCUCUCGGAGAAGAUGGACGGCUGGCUUACGAACAGUUGGAUAAAUUUCCUCGAGACUAUAUUAAAGUUGGAGGUCGUCAUGGAACUGAAGUAGCCACAGCCUUUUAAUUAUAAAUUAACUCUGCCUAACUACUGUCCUAAAUUUAGCCCUUUCCACCAAGAAGGUGCUGCAAUUUAGCUGGAAAGUGUCAAGAACUUGAAAAGUCCUGCUGAGAUUGUCUGGAAAUGUGACAUGUUACAGAAAGCAUUCAGAGUUUGGUUUCACAGUACCUUUCUACUUUCUCUUUGGCCAAUAGAACAGGGCUAUGUAAUAUUCAAUAGAUUACAUUGUUGGUUAUGUCUGACAAUACUAAGUAAAAAAGUGCAUCUGAUUAUGUAUGGAAUUUUAAAAUAGCCAUAUUUGUACUUUUUGGACGUUCUUCUAUAAGCUUGAAAUAGUCAUGCGAUAUUUCAAUAAAUAUAUGCCUUGCAGUUUUUCUGUCAUGUUCUCAGGGUUGAGUGGUCCUUUAGCUACCUAAUUUUACUUUAAAUACAAAGCACAAAAAAAGAAUUUCUUCAAAUACAAGCUUGCCUACAAAGCCUGGGAAAAUAACCCAUUGUCAGAGUCUAACUUUUGUAUUUUACUUUUUUAAGUGCCCAUUAGUAUGCUUGUUUCUCUUUAAUAUCCUGAAAUUCCCAAAUCAGCCAGGUGUGGUAAUACACACCUAUAAUCCCAGCACUUGAGAGGCUGAGCCAGGAGGAUCACAAGUUCAAGGCCAGCCUGGGGUACAGGGUGAGUUCAAGCCUGAACUACAUAGGGAGACCCUGUCUCUAAAUAAAUGAAUAAAUACAUAAAUAAAUGAAAUUCUCAAAUUAUAUUUUCAUUACAGUAAAAAGAUAGGUAGAUGACUAAGAACUAUCUUAUUAAGAUUAUAUCUAUACUCUUAAAAGCAAGCAAAAACCUUAAAUCUUAAGCUUUUUUAAAAUUAAAAAGUCAUUUUUUGGAUACUAUUACCUUACAGAUAAUUUGCUGCUAAGACAAAUCAAAGCCAAAAGUUAUGGAUUCAGAAAGCUGUGAUGUUCUUUGAGGCUUUUGAGGCUUUUUGGCCUCCUCAAAAUUGGAGGAAUCCUAAUGGGGUAGGAGUAGAGGGACAUUAGAUGUGGUCUGUUGCCAGGGACAGCGCUGCAUGCCUGUAAUCCUAGCAUUCAGAAGGCUGAAGCAGGAGGAUCACUGCAAGCUCAAGGCUAGCCUGGACCACAUAGUGAGACCCUGUCCAAACAAACAAAGAAACAAACAAACAAAAAGUGGUCCCUGCUGCUAUAAAAAUGACCAUGAGAUUAGGAAGAGGAUGUCCUAAGGAAUGGAAACUGUCCCUAGAGAAAUCUUUCACUAUUAGGUAGGAUGCCUGGCCCAAAUAGUUACAACAGCAGCUCCCAGUAUGACUUCAACAUAGCAGCAGCAAGUCCAUUCAACAAGGGCUACAAUACCUUUCAGAAUAGUUCUCACUAAGUAACUUCUCUUCCUCUAAAGAGUAUACAGCUGGGGUAUGCCAAGGUAUCAAAACAGUGUGCGUGAGUGUAAUUUAAACUGUGGAGUAUCAGUUGUAUUCUUGAUGUGUUUGUAUAGAAUAUCAUUUAGAUGCCAUUUUAAAUAUUUCCAUUUUAGCAAGACUUUUAAAAAGGGUUCAUUUCAUUUUAAAGUAAAAACUGUUUGCCAGGCUUCUGACAAAAUAGUUCUUUCAACUGUGAAGUUAUAAUGUAUAUAUUUUUGUAUAUUUAUAAAUAUUAUAUAUAUGCAUAUAUCUUUCAUUUUAAAGGUACAUUGUACAGUCUAUAGUUAGUGUGUAUUGUCUAUGGUUUAUGUUAAGUGGUUGAAAUAGUUCUUUUUAAAGAAAAUCAAAUCGCAGGUGUUACAGGGUUUUUCCCCCAUUGUUUUUUUGCAUUUUUAAAUUUUUUGUGAAUAUUGCAUGAGUAAUUAAUUCCAUAUCUUUUGUAUUCACUUCUGCAUUUUAUUUUUGGUUACGGGGGUGCUUUUAGUUUUGUGGCAUUUAUAUCAUCACUCAAUCAUGUAAGUUAAAA